AUGGCUAAACCAGGAUCGGGAGUGCCAGCUAAAAUUAGAGAAAGUACAAGGUUUUAUCCUUAUUUCAAGGAUUGCAUUGGAGCUAUUGAUGGCACACAUAUUCCAGCAAUAGUGAGGGGACGCAAUGUCAGCAACUAUCGUAAUCGACAUGGAAAUAUAUCCCAAAAUGUAGUAGCAGCUUGCAAUUUUGAUUUGGAAUUCAUGUAUGUCCUUAGCGGAUGGGAGGGUUCGGCUCAUGAUUCAAAAGUGUUAAGUGAUGCUCUAUCAAGGAGGAAUGGUCUUAAAGUUCCUCAAGGUAAAUAUUUCUUAGUGGAUUGUGGAUUCGCCAACCGACGCCAAUUUUUAGCUCCGUUUCGAGGUGUGCGAUAUCAUCUCCAAGAUUUUGCAGGUCAUGGUCGUGACCCUGAAAAUGAAAAUGAGUUGUUCAACCUUCGCCAUGCGUCCUUAAGGAAUGUGAUCGAGAGGAUAUUUGGUAUUUUUAAAUCGCGAUUCACAAUUUUUAAGUCAGAUCCUCUAUUUUUAUUUAAAACACAAGCAGAGCUAGUGUUGGCAUGUGCAGCAUUACAUAACUUUCUUCGUAAGGAGUGUCGUUCCGAUGAAUUUCCUAUUGAGCCAACUGAUGCAUCUUCAUCAUAUUCAUCCUCACCAAUACCAGUUGACGAAGAGGACAAUUUGGAACAGAUUUAUCAAACCCAAGAGCAACAAAGAGAGGAUGCUAACACAUGGAGAGCUAGCAUAGCUUCAGCUAUGUGGAGAGAUGCUAUCUAG